AGUUAUUAACAGUUAGAAAGUCAUUCACAGCUUUUGAUGUUUAGCGUCAACAGUGUUUGAACGGACAUCACAUUUAUAAAAAAAACUAUUAUUAAAUUGUUUUAUAUAAUAUACGAUUUUUUUUGGGAUCAAUUUUGAACAACAACAAAAUUUAGCAAACAACAAUGUCUAGCAAAGUGAGCCAGGUACGCCAAAAUUUCCAUCAUGAUACCGAAGCCGGCAUUAACAAGCAAAUCAAUCUGGAACUACAUGCCAGCUAUGUGUACGAGUCACUGGCCUGGUAUUUCAAUCGCGAUGACAUAGCACUGGAAGGUUUUCAUUCAUUUUUCAAGUCGCGGGCCAUUGAGGAACGGGAUCACGCCCGCAAGUUUAUGGACUACCAAAACAAACGGGGCGGUCGUAUUGUGCUCAAGGAUAUAGCCAAACCUGUUAAACAGGAUGGCUGGACACCGCAGUCGGCCAUCGAGGCUUCACUUGAUUUGGAGAAGACAGUCAAUCAGGCACUGUUGGACUUGCAAGCUAUCGGCGCCCGUAAUAAUGAUCCGGAGUUUACCGAUUUUAUUGAGUCGGAGUUCCUGCACGAACAGGUAGAUGAUAUCAAGAAACUGGGCGAUCAUAUUACUAAUUUGAAACGUGUCGGCACCGGACUCGGAGAGUACCUGUUCGACAAACAGACACUCGGCUAAACAAAUUCAGGCGACACACACACCCUCUCUAAUAAACGGCUAUUAAUAUUAUAUAUAAAAUUUAUGACAUUAUUAAUACAGUAUUACAUAAGUAAUACAUAAUGUCUUAAUUAUUAUAUAUUUUAGAUUAUAUUUUGGAUUUUUAUUUGGGUUCUUAUAAUAAAGAUAU